AUGGUGGGCGGCGCGCCCGUGCAGGGCCCGGUGAGCUUGCAUGAGCUGCUGCUGGCCGGGGCACCCGCGGCUGCUCCUGCCGCCGCCGCUGCUCCGGCUCCGUCGGCCGCCCCGGCUGCUGCUGCUACUGCGGGCGGCGCCUCCCCCGGGGUUGCUCCCCCGGUGGAAGAGGAGGAGGUCUGCGUGCUCCUGGAAGAGAAAUGUUGCGGGAAGUUGGAGCAUAUCAAUUUCCCCGUGUUUCAGCCCAGUACGCCUGAUCCAGCCCCGGCCAAGAACGAGGCCUCCCCCAGCCCCCCCGAAGGGGAAGCUGAGAAGCUGAAGGAGAAGGAACCCCAAACUCAGGGGGACAGCACCAGCCUCAGCCUGGCCCUCAGUCUGGAUCAAUCCACAGAUAGUUUAGGGACCUACCCUGCGGACCCACAGGGUGGAGGCAACAACACCGAAGCGCAUGGGGCAGCGUCCGAAGCGAAAGGGGAAAAGAGAGCAAGCUUGGUGGAUCGCCAGCCUUCCACGGUGGAAUAUCUGCCCGGGAUGCUUCACUCCAAUUGCCCCAAGGGUCUUCUCCCCACUUUCUCCAGCUGGUCUCUGGUGAAGCUGGGCCCUGCCAAAGCCUACAAUUUCCACGCCGGCUUGGAUCAACAAGGUUUCAUCCUGGGCACCAACUAUUUAAUGCCCUGGGAUAUUGUCAUCCGCACGCGGACGGAUGAAGAGGGAGACCUGGAUACCAAUUCUUGGCCGGCUCCUAACAAGGCUAUUCCGGGGAAACGGAGUGCAGUGGUCAUGGGCCGAGGCAGGCGGCGGGACGACGUCGCUCGGGCUUUUGUGGGUUAUGAAUACGAAGAUGCCCGAGGCCGGAGGUUCAUGUGCUCGGGACCAGAGAAGAUCAUGAAAGUGAUGGGUGGAGGGCCUAAGGAAUCGGCCGUCAAAGCCCUCAAUUCCGACAUGCCCCUUUACAUCCUAUCGUCCAAUCCAGGGAGGGGACUUAAGCCACACUAUGCUCAGCUGAUGAGGCUUUUUGUGGUGGUCCCUGAUGCUCCCCUGCAGAUAAUACUGACCCCCCAGGUAAGACAUGUAGAACCCUUGAGCAUUGAGUUGGUUCUCAAUGUGUUACCUUUCUAUCUUUCUACAUUUAAUUCACUUACUUGUUAUCCCGUCUUUAUUAUUUCUGCAAAUAAGUGA